CGAUCCGUUUCAAAUUAAAUUUUGUCAGUGCAUUUAUAUCUCGAAUAAUUUAAUUUAAUUUGAAUGAUACGAUCAGUUUCGAAUGAAAUUUCGUAGGUGUUUUUUUUAUCAGAGUAACGCGGAAAAAUAAGUAGACAAAUUUCCAAUCAGAAUCUUCGAAACAAUAAAUAAAAAAAAUUUUGCGAAUUUUAAAAACAAAACAUCUUGAACGCACAUCUAUGUUCCAUAUAUGUAUAUGUUGCAAACAUAAGAUCACUAUAAUAAUCUUUUUUUCUUCUAGUAUAUAAUAUGUUUCUUUCUUACAUUGAUAAAAUGAGUCAUCUGACACUCAUCUGAGAUCUUGUAAAUCAUGGAUGUAUAGAUAAAUUCGUAUUUAUAAUCUGUAUUACUGGAUUUCCUGCCCUAAAAUAGGAUCGUGGCCUUUAUUCGCGGGCAUACAUCAAGAAUUAUUUUAGAGAUACGUUUCUUGUAAAAUGUAUUCCUUACUUAAUAAAACAGAAAAUGCUCACGAAGAUAGUAUUUGGACCUGUGCUUGGGGCUGCUCGAACAAGAAAAGAGAAACACUACCGGAGAAUGACGAUUCACGUGAUUCUAUGCGAUCCAAUGAAGAUGAAACAGUGGAGUACAUAGUGACUGGCUCUGUUGAUGAUACCGUUAAAGUUUGGGUACAAAAAGAUAAAAGUUUACAAUUGAAACAUACACUAACUGGUCAUUCGCUGGGUGUAGUAUCCGUUGCAGUAAGUUCAGAUGGCUUGAAAUGCGCAUCCAGUUCUUUAGACUCCAGUUUAAAGCUAUGGGAUUUGGAAACUGGAGAGAAAAUAUCGAGUAUCGAAGUGGGUCCUGUAGAUACUUGGAUGGUAGUAUUUUCUCCGGAUGAUAAAUUCAUUGUAUCUGGCAGUCAUUCUGGAAAAAUACAUUUGUAUGGAACAGAGAGUGGUAAACAAGAACAAAUUUUUGAUACCAGAGGUGGAAAAUUCACAAUUAGCGUUGCCUAUAGCCCAGAUGGGAAAUAUAUUGCUAGUGGUGCAAUAGAUGGAAUAAUCAAUAUAUUUGAUGUUACUUAUGGAAAAGUGUUACGUACGCUAGAAGGUCACGCGAUGCCAAUCAGAUCGCUAUGCUUCUCACCGGACUCGCAGCUACUUCUUACCGCGUCGGACGAUGGGCAUAUGAAAAUAUACGAUGUGAAAGAUGCUAAUGUAGCAGGAACUAUGUCGGGACAUGCCUCGUGGGUACUCGGAGUUGCUUUUUCUCCAGAUGGACAAAAUUUUGCAUCCUGUAGUUCAGAUCAGACUGUCAAAGUUUGGGAAUUAGCACAACGACAAUGUCUACAUUCGUUUCAUGAACACAAUGAUCAGAUAUGGUCUGUGAAAUAUAGUCCGAUAAGAAACAAUAUAAUCGCCUCGGUGUCAGACGACAAAUCUAUCAAUCUGUAUGAAUGUCCACCUUAAGAUAAAUAAAUUUUCUUAUAACGACGAAUGAAUAAAUGCUUAUAUUUAUUUCCUUUCCUUAAAAUAUUUUACAUUUGCGAAGUAUUAUUUUGCUUUGACAUGUGUACCUUAAUAAAACGGAGCUGUAUAUUAUUCCUACCACGAUAGAAAUGUCAAACAAAAUAGACAUUAGUAGCUAUAAAUUUUAUUGUACUGCAAUUAUUAAUAUACAAAUCGUUAAGAUGUCUGCCAAAUCUAAAAUACAACGUAACAAAAAAACUGAAUUACACUUAAUAUCUAACUAAAUGACGGGUAUUACAAAAGAACUGUGGAAAAGGAGUCUGGUGUACAGACCAAAUCUCAUAUAAAGGAAAACAUAUAACUACCCUGAUGUGGUUCCAAGUUGGAAGGGUUAAAUCUAAUUAACUCGAACUGGAACAGGGUAAAACACGAGUAAUAAAUCUCUGUAAAUAAUGCACAUUAAAAUCUACUCCAUAUCGCGCCAAACGGUUUCGUUCUAAUGAGAUCUUAAAUCGUUUCGAUGCACGUAGAAGGAAAGAUGACGCGAUAUAGAAGAAAACAAAAUAUGUUCUUCAAUGUCCAAAAUAUGCAGCAAAUUUUCAAUGAAUCUAAAAGAAAAGAAAAGAUAUGGAAAUAAAAUUAAUAUAAAGUCCAUGGCAAAGUUUCCGAUUUUCAGACCUGUAGAUACAUAAUUGAUCCGUACACACUCUUCACUGUACCUAUAUUAAUUUUAGACAGGGUAACGGUCGAAUCCGUGUAGACAUUUCUUACAUGCAAUUUGAUUUUACGUAGUACAUAUGACCAAAAUAGAAGCUACAUCACCUGUUGAUUUUUAAGUAGACUAGAAACUUAAAGUAAAGUUUACAAAAUUUUGUUUUUUUUUUUCUUUUUUUUUCAUAUAAUGCCAGUUUAGCGUUACUUAGACCGCUAACAUCGAUACAAAUGUUACUAUCUCUUUAUCGUAACAAUCUGUUGCGUCGAAGAUGUCCAAGCUUUGUCCAAAUCUUCAUCGUGUUUCUAUCAGUCUUUGAAAGUAAUUAGACUUUGUAUCCGUUGAAGGAAUACAAAUCAGUUACGAUGGAAACAAAAUACAGAUCUCAUUCCUUGCAAAUUUACCUAUUACAAAGAUGUACAGCGACAUAUCUCCUGCGAUAUACACUGUGAGUCGUAAUAUAUAUAAUAUAUAUAUCACUAAACUUUCUACAUUUUCCAUCCACGUUCAAUAUAUACAAAAUUGAAUAAAUAAUCAAAGGUAAUCACUGCUACGUACUACAGAAAUUUUAAAUUUCUUCCUAAUCGUGGAAUUUCUCAAUACAAUGUAUAUACAACACGCAAAGUGAAUAGGAAUGAUAUCAGAAUUUCCAGCUACUAUUUAACACUUUGUUCGUAUCUCUUAAAAAACUUGCGUUGCGAUGCAACAAACAAUUAUAUCAGAGUGACCGUUUUACAUUUAAAGUGUAAAAAUCAAUGAAAUACGAUGGAGAUUUUCCGUGACAUCGAACGAUGAGGUAAAAAGAAAUUAUUAACUUACUUACUGAGUACUUGUAAUGCGUAUCACGCAUCGAUUAGUGGUCAACGCAAUGCGAAGCAAAUGUACAAUGACUAGCCAGAAAUGAAAAAGUGAUGCUACAAAAGAAAAGAUUAAAAUUAAGAUUUCCGUUAGUUGAUCGGAGAGAUCUCUUGAUUUUCUUCGCUCCAUAUUGUUCUGAUUAAGUUUUAACAAAAAAAAAAAGAAAUAAAAACAU